AACAGUGCCAACAGAGAAAUACUAAUUUGGUGUGUUCUGGUCUGUUCCCGAUCUGUGUUCGUAAUGCUGAUAUAUUGAGCAUGGAGUAAAAAGUAUUGUGUUUGGAAAUGAAAGUUGUAAGCUGAUUUAUUCCUGUGUCUAAUUUGCUUACUGGAUGAACCAUCAUGACCUGUAAGGGUUGGAGGAGCAAGUAUGAUGUGGAGAAUGAGAACUGCAGCCCGAAGGUGAAUGGGAAUUUGUGUCUGGGAAAACGUAAAAGGAGUCAGAUGAAAAAACAUUGUGGCUAUCUUCAGGAAUGGCUUGACAAAUCAUGGGAAUUCCAGCAGGAGCCCAAGACAAGAUACAGACUGGAAGACGAGCCUAUCAGCAGAGUACCUGCAUCUUAUUGGCCAAACAAACCCAUGCCUUUAUUUGAUCGAAGACUUUUCCCCACUGCAUCAGAACCAGCCAUGUGUCGCUACUCUGUGCCAGUAGGUUACUCUCUGGAGCCUGUUUCUUUGCCUGUGUAUGCAACUUAUGUGCCUGUGCCUUCUGAACCAGUCUCUUCACGGAAGCGUAGCAGCAGACCAGUGGCUCGAGCUAAUGGACUGCAAGGACUCUAUAUGUCUGCACCCCCUCUCUCACAAGACAGUUGUAGGGAUAUUAGAGAUGGAAGAAGAACUUCAUCAAAACUGCAGUCUUGUGUCGAUUCUGGCACUAAUGAGGAGUUCACAAGCCUGCCACCUGCAAGAAGGUCACAUGCACCCGAUACAGUCCAUCGGAGGUUCAGCGACCCAUGCAUUAGAAGGUCACCUGCUGCAGUGGAGAGGGCACCAUCUCCUUGCUACAGUGCAGACAGUUCAGACUCUAGUGACACAUGUAGUCAUGCUAGCACUCCAACAUCAAAUGCACUGGUGCUGAGUCUUGUGGUGCAGGUGAAUGCCCUGCAAGAAAGUAACAAGCAACUGUACCAGGAAUUACAAGCGAUGAAGGCAGAGCUUGAAACUCUCAAACAAUCAUGGCAAAAGCUUCCUCCUCAGUAUGAGCCCGGAAUGCUAUCAGACUUAAUACGUGAGGUUCGCGAUGCAGCCAGAGUGCAUGAGGAGGUUCUGCUGUCGAGAGUAUGUAGCAUGUUGCAAGCUGCGGGGAAGAUGAACCCAUCUAAUCAUUUGUUGGGUCUGAAAGCCAGUCUUGUAGAGAAGAGCCCUGUUUCUUCCCAGAAUAUGGAUGGAAUCACUGACCAAUUCCAGUGCCUCCAGUUACAGAGGGAGAAGACAAAGCCAAGCAUCGAUGAAGUGCCUGGAUCAAAAGAUAACCAGGCUGAGCAGUUGUGUGCCUUGGAGCUGGAGAACUUGAAGUUGAGGCAUGGCCUGGAGGAAGCAGUGGCGAGGAGCAAGGAAAAGGAAUCUCAUGCCCUGCAGUUGGAGCACUUAGUGGAUGUGUUGAGAAGGAAGAUCAAUGGUGUUUCAGUAGAUGAUAAGCCAGCAAGCUCAGAGCAGAGCCCCAGUGAGUCCCUGGUGAGUACUGCCAGCUCAUCCUCCACCACUCACUCGCCGCAUGUCACCAUGUCUGGUCCAGUGACUGAUCUUUGAUUCUGCAAUUGCAGUUUGUAGGUGGGUUGGCUCUGUAUGCAGUUGUAUAUUAAUAAGUGAAGAGUGUCAAGGAGAAUAGCAGCUUAUCAUAAUCACCAAGGCACUUAGAAGAGAAUCUUCCAGUACUGUUAUCAGCAUUACAGCUUUCACUGGCUUCUCUCGUCUGUUACAGUGCGAAAAUAAUUAUUUUUUUGGUAGAAUUAAAUUUGUCUGUUUAAGACAGUGUACUCCAGAUUAUCUGUGCUAAUGAAGGAGGAAAGAUGCACAAAUAAUUUAAAAAGCAUCUAAAAUACCCCAUUUAAAUUUUGAAAGGUGUGCAUGGCUCUCAAGAACUGUAGGACUUACGGAAGAAGUGUAUGCAACAUGAGCCGAUCGCAGUGGCCGCACAAUCUGUGCCAUGAACUGUCGUCACUCGCUCAAAUACUGGGAUUGUGGGUUUGAAUCCCACUUGAGGCAUGGAUGUCUGUGUGCAUUUAUUCUGUGUUUGUGCUGUCC